AUUUUCCAUCUUCGCCCUCAUACUCUUGUCUGUCUCCAUUUAGAUCAUGACAGAGCCAACAAAAGUGGAGACGGACGCCGUCUUUAAGGUCCUGAAGGCCCAGAAGGCCAACAAGGUGUGUUUCGACUGUCAAGCCCGUAAUCCGACAUGGUCGAGUGUGACGUUUGGUGUAUACAUCUGCCUCGAGUGCUCGAGUGUGCACAGAAACAUGGGUGUCCACAUUUCUUUCGUGCGCUCGACCAACCUAGACAGCUGGCAAUUAAACCAGCUCAGAACGAUGAAGGUUGGAGGUAAUGCAUCAGCUACCGAUUUUUUCACCAAACACGGUGGUGCGACGUCACUAAGUGACUCGGACACCAAGAAGAAGUACUCAAGUCGGAUUGCGGAGCUGUACAAAGAAGAGCUAGCAAAGCGAGUGAAGGACGACAUUACAAAAUACCCUACGCGUAUUUUCGUGGAAGGCAUGGCAGAGACUGCUGCAGAAACUCCCUCCAGUGCCGCAGGCGGCGAGGCGGACGACUUUUUCUCCUCUUGGGACAAGCCCGCAGCAAAGCCCACCGCCUCAUCGGUGUCAUCGCCGGGGGUGCCUGUCCUCGGGCGUGCUGCGACCGUGACAGGAACACCCGCUCCGCGCACCAUCAGCUCGUCGUCCCUUCGCUCAUCACCGAAUACACCAGGCUCGCGACCUAACUCUAAGCUCGGUGCGACCCGUCUCACGUCUUCUCCCGCCGUUUCCACCACGACCAACACAAGUACCGCUGCGUCAAAAAAGUCCAAGCUCGGCGGUCUCGGAGCUAAGAAGGCCGCUGCGCCCAUUGAUUUCGCAGAGGCAGAACGCAAGGCUACUGAAGAGGCCGAGCGGAUACGGCAGCUGGGCUACGACCGAGAGAAGGAGCGCCAGGAGGAAGAGGAACGUGUACGCAAGGCGGCAGAGGCCAAGGCCUCCGCUUCCGCCUCCGCCCCUGCGUCGCGUUCGCUGACACCGGCCAACGGCAAGAACACCACACCCGUCGAGGCCAAGCCCCUCGGCAGCGCGCAGGACAUGGAGCGACUCGGCAUGGGAAUGAAGCGGCUCGGGUUCGGCGCGGUGCCCGCGGCAUCCGCGGCGGCUUCGCCGAAGGUGGACGACGCGCCGACGACAGCGCGCAAUAAGUUUGGGAACCAGAAGGCGAUCUCGUCCGACAUGUACUUUGGGCGCGGGUCGUACGACCCCGUGGCACAGGGUGAGGCGCAGACGCGCCUGCAGAACUUCCAGGGCGCGUCCUCCAUCUCCUCGAACCAGUACUUUGGGCGCGAGGAGGACGAGAUGCAGGGCAUGCCCGGCGGCAGCGGCGGCGAGAGCAUUCUUGCCGACGGCACGCUGUCGAAUCUCGAGGGUGCGGCCAAAGAAGCUAUCUCGCGGGUGCUCGCGAACCCGGAUGUGCAGAAUGCGGCGGAGACUAUCCGUGCGGGCGCGUUGAAGUUGUCUGACUAUCUUGCCCAAAUGUCCGAGCGGUGAUCAAGAGUUCGAAUGAGGGUGAUAUAAUGGUAGCGGCUGCAGACUAUCGGAUUGGACAGGGAAGGGUACGGGCUGGUACGGGAUACAAGUUAUGGAUCUCUUUCGCAUUGAUGUUAUGCGGUGGAUUCGGUUACAGUAUAUCGAUUUAUCUUUUCUGGCUGG